AUGUCUUGCGACGUGUUCAAAAGAUUCAGAGGGGAACAUGAUGGAAAGUUCAGGGAAGAUCUAAUUGGAGACGUUCGAGGAAUUUUGCAGUUGUAUCAAGCCUCCUUUCUCAAAACAAAAGAUGAGGAUAUAAUGGAGGAAGCGCAAAGUUUCACUAGGAAUUACUUGGAGGCGGUGACUACUAGUACUCAUCCACAUCUCUCUAAGCAUAUACAAAACGCAUUGUACAUACCUCGAUAUCAUUGCACGGAAAUAGUAGUUGCAAGGGAAUACAUCUCUUUUUACGAACAUGAAGAAGACCACGAGGAGAAGCUGCUUAAGUUUGCCAAACUUAAUUUAAGAUAUUGCCAGCUGCAUUACGCAAAAGAGCUCAAAGCUCUCACUAAAUGGUGGAAGGAGCUGGAUCUUGCAUCUAAACUACCUUUUAGUUUUCGGGACAGAACUGUGGAGAUGUAUUUUGGGAUGAUGGGUAUAUAUUUCGAGCCAAGAUAUUCCCUUGCAAGAAUUAGAGGCACUAAAAUUUCCAUGAUCAUGUCGGUUGUUGAUGACAUAUAUGAUGCUUAUGGCACACUUCCGGAAGUUAUAAGUUUCACUGAUGCUUUGCAAAGGUGGAAUAUUGGAGACAUUGAAGAUCUACCAAGCUAUAUGCAAAUUAUCUUCCGUAAUUUGUGGGAAACUUUGAAAGACAUCGAACAUGAAAUGAGUUCGCUAGGAAGACCUGGCGGUGUGCAACCGACUAUAGAUGAGAUAAAGAGUCUGACCAAGGAAGGGUAUCUAGAGAUAGCAAAAUGGGCACGCGCAGGUCACGUGCCAAGCUUUGAGGAGUACAUGGAUGUUGGAAUCGUCUCAGCUACGUUUGAGGAAGAGUUGGAGAGAGGAGAGGUGGCAAAUGGAGUCAACUGUUACAUGAAGCAGCAUGGUGUCAGUCAAGAAGAAGCGGUUAUAGAAUUGAAGAAGAUGAUUAAGGAUCAACAUGAGAUAAUGAUGGAAGAGUUCUUUAAAGAAGCAUCAUCCUCUAAUGUACCACGUCAGAUUCUAGUGCGAGUCUUCAAUACUGCACGUGUGAUCAAAUUGUUCUACAAGGAGGGUGAUGGAUUUGGCCAUCCUAAUGAAAACCUCAAAGCCUACUUUACUUCUUUGUUUUUAUAA